AUGGAGACAGCAACACUUACCGAACAGAAUAUGGAUCCGUCACAUCUCAGUCCAAAUCCUCUCAAAUGCCCUCCCGUCUCACAACCUUUACACCUGCUCUCUCCCGAGAGAGUCAAUCAACAACGAAUACCACAGUCUCCUCCGAUGGGUGCUCCCCUCGACGAAAACGAGCGACCACGCACCCGCGACUCUUUCACGUCCGAAGUUCAAUCGAAAGUGGCUUUCCUCAACAGCCUUUCCGGUGGCAAUGGAAGCGCCCAGUCAUCGCCCACGAGGACCCCAAGAGGCCAUGGUAACAGCAACACCGCCCUCCAACGGGCUGUCAUGGGCUACGAAGAGGCACAGGCCAGCCUGGCCACGGUGACCGCGGAUCUGGAACGGGUGCGGGAGGAGCUUACCGCGAGGAAAAAGCGGGAACGGAUGCUUGCGCAACGAGUCGAAGAGCUGCUGGGGGAAAUCCAAGCGGAAAGAGAGAAGCGGAGCCGUGACCAAGAAAGCUACGCCAAGGAGGUGAAGAGAUGCCGCAAAGAGGCGUAUCGGGCCGAACUGGCGGUCGUCGAGGUGCGGCAGGACUUGCAAGAGGCGAGGAGCGAACUCAAGAGGAGUCAGGCCGAAGCACAGCACGAGAAAGCGGAAAAGGAAAAGAGCAGGCAGGAGAGUUUCGAGAGAGCGUAUGCUCUGGCGGGGAUGGUGGGCGAAGUUGACCAGCUAAAAGACCGUCUGAGGGCGAUGGAGAGAGAGAGGGAUGCUGCACUUCUGGAGGCCAAGACGAACGAUGUCGAAGUCUUUGUCUUACCAUCACAGCAAGACAAGGCCGGGACCGCCUCACAACGGGAGAAGGAGCAAUCGCAAAAGAGAGACCACGAGCAGCAAUCCGAAGAGGCAUCCGUGUCGCUGAAGAGGCCGAUGGACGCCGCAGGGGAGCCGGCACGUGUGCCAGGACUGAAAGCCUCACGAGAUAUGCUCAAGUUCGCUGUUGACAUUUACGACAAACGCUCGCGGGGGGAGAAACUCACUCCUGAAGAAGAAAUCAGAUUCCUCAAGCAAGAGUUGAGAUGUGCUCGACAGAAACACGCCGAGGAUGCAGAUAUGAUUCAUUUCAUGCAUAUGCAGUGCCAGUUCAAGGCCUGCCCAUGUCGAUUGGCUGAAGACAAGGGCGAACGAUUUGUGCAUGACUUUGCGUAUGACGCGACUCUCGAAGACACCCAGGCACCGAAGAAGAGAAAGUUGUCAAGUGAAUACGAAGAAAUGGAUUCGGUUCAGAGAUCUGCUGGAGAAUCUCCAGAGAACAUCACUCAAGCCACCAAUGUCCCCUCUCAGGACGUUGCCCAGUUUCUACCAGAAACCACAAGCGUGGAAGCCGGUCGACUGCCCCCGGAUCCGACCCAUGAACACCUUUCAAGAAUCUCAGAAGAGCCACUACUUCUUGAGGAAGCAGCUGAAAUCCCCCUUCCUGACCCUCAAUCUAGCGAACUGAAUUCGCGGGGUUGCACUCCAGAGUUGACCGCUCAACUCGAAGACAUCACACAAGUCAUAGUAGAGCCCGGUACUGCAUCCAAACCCUUCUCUUUCUCAACGUCGACCACGAGUAACCCGGCGCCGAAGGACAUGACCCCAUCCCUCCGACAUGCCGAGAGCGCAACGGCCGUCCUCGAACGAGACCUGUUCGACCUCUCACCUCCCAAACAAGCACCACCCCGUCGACCGUCUACGGCUAUGGGUAUCUUGACAGUCGACUCCCCCAUCCGUCUGGUUCCUGAUUCGCCGCGGUCACUGAGAACAUUGGACCUGUCCCCGAGUCAUGUUUACGAUUACAAUCACACAAUCACGACGACCACGAAAGUUGCCUUGAAGGGCUCGCCGGAGCGACACAGCUUGCACAAACGAUCUCAGUCCAAGCCCAACCUUCGAAGUCAUUCCCCGGGACACUCGUCGGCAAUAUCUCAUUCCAGUGACCACGAGAAUGAAUCGCGCGCUCCCUCCGCGUCACCGGCCCCAGCGACAAUGUUCCCGAUUACACCACUGCACAAGCAGGCGAGAUCGAUGCAAAUGCAAAAUCUCGAGCAGCAUGCUCAAUCACAGCCUCGGCCCGUGACGACAAGUACUACGACCAGAGUACCGCUCAAGGGUUUGACCGAUGUUGCCAUGGUUGACGAUGUGUUUAGUCCGGAGAAGCCUGGCCACGGCCAUGCCCAUACCGAGGUUUUGAACCUAAACAUGGACAUGAAUCAACUCUCCAACCCGUUGAGGAUUAGUACAGCGAGCACCGGCAGCAACGGUGGCAACGAUACGUGGUCGAACCGCGCAUCACAGGCCGGGACGAUCCCUAAUUCGAUCUUGGGAAAUGUGCCUGGGACACCGAUUUCUCGAGAAGCGGCUCUAGCGCAGAUCCGAGCAAGACGAGACCGAGCGAGAAGCGUGAACCUCAAGUCUGCAAGUGGGAAGGAGAAUAGAAUCGCCGGUGGGAAGGUUGGUGGUAGUCCUACCAAACCGAAAGUCGUGGGGUCGUUGUUUGGAAGGGACAAAGAGAAUGUGAGAAGAGAAAUCAGUCAGGCGAGUGCGCCGGGAAGAUUUGGAUAUUGA